AUGGCUACCGAUCAACCAUGCUACACUGUCAUCUUUGAAUCAAGCGCUGAGUAUCCUUCUGCCGCAGAACUGAGAACUGCUCUAGAGAAAGGUUCCGACGAUGUCAAGUUGGAAGCACUUCGCAAAAUUGUUGUUUCCACUAUCAAUGGAAACCCACAGCCCUCCCUCAUGAUGCCAAUCAUCCAAUUUGUGAUGCCCUCACGCAACAAACAACUGAAGAAGCUUCUCCAUUUCUACUGGGAAGUUUGUCCAAAGUACGACGAGAAUGGGAAGCUAAAGCAGGAGAUGAUUCUUGUUGUAAAUGCGAUACGAAACGAUCUGCAACACCCCAACGAAUAUAUUCGUGGAGCGACUUUGCGCUUUCUACAGAAAAUCGCAAAUGAGAGUGAAUUACUCGAACCUCUUAUUCCGACGUGUCGAGCAUGCCUCGAACACCGACAUUCAUAUGUGCGCAAGAAUGCCGUCUUCGCCCUCUUUUCAAUCUAUCGUGAAUUCGAGAACCUCAUUCCCGAUGCUUCUGAGCUCAUGAGCACGUUUCUUGCUGCUGAAAGCGACUCUACCUGCAAACGCAACGCAUUUAUCUUCCUUGCUCAUUGCGAUCUCCCCAAAGCUGUUGAUUGGGUUUUGAGCAAUCAUGAGAACAUACCUACUCUGGACGAAGGAUUGCAGAUGAGUGUCAUUGAGGUGGUGAGGUUGGAUUGCAAAAAUGAUUCCACGCACCGUGCCCGAUAUAUCAGGCUCAUUUUCGAAUUGCUCAAUGUUUCUUCCCAUGCUGUAAAGUAUGAGGCAGCAACCACGUUGACAUUACUUACUCAAAACCCCGCUGCAGUGAAAGCUUCUGCUUCUACUCUCAUAUCUUUGAUUAUCAAGGAAUCUGACAAUAAUGUGAAGCUCAUUGUUCUCGAUCGACUCGAGGCUCUUCGUGCCAAACAUGAACAUAUUCUUGACGGUCUCAUAAUGGAUGUACUUCAAAUUCUCGGGAAUUCAGACAUGGAUGUACGCCGAAAGGCCAUGAACAUCGUUCUUAGUAUGACUUCCAGUCGCAACGUGGAGGAGGUCGCCUUGUUCCUCAAAAAGCAGCUGUUGAGGACACAAGAAAAGGCCGCAGAGUUCGACAAGGCAUCCGAAUAUCGUCAGCUCCUCAUCCAGUCCAUCCAUGUCACCGCUAUCAAGUUUUCCGAAGUCGCUGCAAGUGUUGUUUUAGCUUUGAUGGAGUUCUUGGGAGAUUCUACUAGCUCCUCAUCGACCUCUACUGCAUUAGAUGUUAUUGCUUUCAUUCGCGAAGUUGUUGACAAAUUUCCCCAUCUCCGUUCCGGAAUUUUCGAUCGACUUGUCGCUAACCUUUCCGAUAUCAAAUCUGGAAAGGUUUUCCGUGGAGUGUUGUGGAUUCUAGGUGAAUUCGUUGGCAUUCAAGAGUCUUAUGCUUCUGCAAGCGAGGCGGCGGAGGCUAUCAGACAAUGUGUAGAAGGUAUACGGACAUGUAUCGGAGAGAUCCCAAUCUAUGUCGAGUCGGCACAGGAGGAGAAUGCCACAGAAGAGAAGACUCUUGUCAAAGAAGUUGGAGCUGGAAAGCCCAAACUGCUUGCAGAUGGAACUUACGCUACAGAAACUGCAUAUACUGCUGCCGGUUCAUCAGGGCUUCGUAAUGAGAAAAGUCGACCACCGUUACGCACUUUGAUCCUUGGAGGUGACUUCUUCACGGGUACCGUGCUCGCGGUCACUUUGACCAAAUUGGUGUUGCGAUUCGAUGGCCUUUCUUCUGAACAAGCAGACUCUAAUACCUUACGAGCCCAGGCAAUGCUCAUCAUGACAUCCAUUAUUCGCGUGGGUCAUGCCAAAUCAUCCCCUGCUCUAGGCGCUCCUUUGGUACAAAUCGACGAAGAUUCCACCGAGCGAAUUAUGAACUGUAUCCAAACGUUGAGCGAACUUAGCGGAGGGGCGAAAGUUGAUACCGAUGAUGAGGAGGCAAUCGUGAAGGAGAUAUUCUUGAGAGAUACCAAAAAGGCAUUCCAAAGGAUGAUCAGUGCACAGGAGAAACGUGCUGCUGAAAAGCGUGAAGCCGAAACGUCGCGCAAAACUUCUGCCGUUCAAGUUGAUGAUCUCUUGAGCUUCAGACAAUUUUCGAAGAAAGGUGCAGAUCAGGAGCUCGAUUACGAAGAAGACCUAGGCAGAGCGACGGGCGCGACCGACGUCCGCGAAGACUUUAUUUCUAAUCUUAGCAGGAUAUCGCAGCUUACUGGCUUCUCUGAUCCGAUUUACGUAGAAACCUACGUGAAAAUGCAUGGUUUCGAUAUAAUGCUAGAUGUCCUUCUUGUGAAUCAAACGGCCAAUACACUACAAAAUCUUUGCUUAGAUUUUGCUACCCUUGGCGACCUUAAGAUCGUUGAACGGCCUUCAGUGUACACGAUCGCUCCCCAUGGAUUCCAGAGCAUCAAAGCUACAAUCAAAGUGUCUUCUACAGAAACUGGUGUCAUCUUCGGAAGCAUUCUUUGGGAAGGCCCUAACAUGUCUGAGGCAUGCGUCAUCCUGAACGACAUUCACAUCGACAUUAUGGACUACAUAAAACCGGCAUACUGUAACGAGGCGCAGUUCCGGAGUAUGUGGACAGAGUUUGAAUGGGAAAAUCGCGUCAAUGUAAACAGCUCUGUUUCUGAUCCCCGAGAGUAUCUUAAGCAUGUCAUGAAAUCCACAAACAUGUCAUGUUUGACGCCAGAGGGUGCACUAUCGGGAGAUUGUGAUUUCUUGUCGGCCAAUAUGUACGCAAGAAGUCUGUUCGGUGAAGAUGCGUUGGCAAAUCUAAGUAUCGAGCGAACGGAGGCUGGAACAGUUACUGGCCACAUCAGAAUUCGCAGUAAGACGCAGGGAAUAGCUUUAUCACUAGGGGACAGAAUUACAAUGGCUCAGAAAGAUAGCAAACCGUUGUCAGCUUGA